CUUAUCAACUACAAAUUGAAAAAAUUUCGCCGCAAACGAAAACGUACAGCUUAAAUUGAGAAAAUCUUACGAAAUGCAAAUCGAGUAAGACUUAAAAAUGAGUUUCAGUGAAUAUAAACUUUAUAUCGAAGAAGGCGAUGUCGCCAUUCUGUACAUAAACCCGUUCAAAAUGUUUGCCAUCGAUAUAAAACGCAUGAUACCAGACAAAAACGGAAGACUAGUCGAGAAUAUUUUUCAAACCAUGUACGGUAGUUUAAAAGUGAACUCUUUGAUCGGUAAGAAAUUCGGUAGCAAGAUCUUGUUGAGCCGAGGAUGGGCUUACAUAUUACAUCCCACUUCUGAAUUAUGGACUACGCUUCUGCCUCAUCGAACUCAGAUCUUGUACACGCCUGAUAUCAGUAUGGUUCUAUUUCAGUUGGAUUUGUUUCCAGGAAAAGUAGUCAUCGAAUCUGGAACUGGCAGCGGUUCGGUUACUCACUCUUUAGCUCGUACAAUUUCUCCCAAUGGACACGUGUAUACAUUCGAAUUUCACGAAAGUCGCCAACAAAAAGCGGUCGAAGAAUUCGCUCUACACAAGUUAUCAAAUGUAGUUACCGUAACGUUGAGGAACGUUUGUGAACAAGGUUUCGGCGAAGAAAUGAACAACAAAGCUGACGCUGUGUUUUUAGACCUCCCAUCUCCGUGGGAAGCGGUUAAACACGCAGUUAAAUGCUUUAAAAAGAAAGGAGGACGUAUCGCAUCGUUUUCACCUUGUAUCGAACAGGUUCAGAAAGUAUGCCUAGAAUUAAAAGCACUCGGUUUUGUUGACAUAAUUACGAUGGAGUGUCAUCAGAGAGAACUGACUGUAAGCGAAAAAAAUUUGUCAGCGAUGUCAUUGGAUUGGAGAGAAACACCUAAACCUGUGAAAACCGCCCUUUGUAUUCCGGCUCAAGAGCAAAUUCCAGGGCAUACGGGGUUCCUCACUUUCGCAACACUUCCACCUGAUUUCUCCCGGUCUGCCAGUGGAGUUGUUCAGCAACCGGUUAAAAUUACUGAAAUGGAGAUUGAAAACGUCGUUUUGGAUGAAAAUUUUCACACCGAACCUGUCUCGAUGAUAAGUAUGAGUUGUAGCGAUUUGUCGGGCGAAUGCUCGGACAGACUGUUGUCGUGAUUUUUAUAUAUUCUAAUGAUUAACGUACCUACGAAUUCUUUUGACUUUUUGUAAUGUUUUUUUUUCUUUCAAAACAAUGAGAUUUGUUUUUUAGAGAGAAAUGCAUUGUUUUUGUAAUUUUUUAAAAAUACAUAUUAUAUUUUCGAA